AUUUAAGAUUGAAGAUCGACGAAGGUGUACCUCUCCUGCUGCUCAAAGCUAUGAAGAUCAAGAGAGCAACAGAAAAGUUCUUACUUCUGCGAGCAAGGCACCUCAAACUACUUAAGCUUCAGGUUCAGGAGGACUUGUUUGACGAUUGAAUUUAUAUGUUGUAUGUGCUUUGGUCACAGCUUUUUAUUUUCGACAUUGAUUCCUUGGUCGACAAUAAGUAGGGUGUCUGCUCUACUUUUUACCUGAAAUCCACAAUACCUCCCACUUCGACUUCCAACAACAAGCUUGCUUCUCUUCUAUUAUACAACCGUCUGCUUUAUUUACAAGCAAAAUUAUCAACAAGAUGGGCAAGCGAACUGGGCGUGCUCUGUCGGUGAAGAAGAAGCUCCUUCCAAGCAGACCACAGGUGAGAGCAAGCACAAGCAAGAACAAGAAUGUGUGUGUAAAGACACACGCACAGCGACUGCAGGAGAAGAGGGACCUCGAAGCAACACGAGAUCUAGAAAAAUCAUUAUUGGAAUUUGGGAAAACGAAGAGGGUAUCUUGAAUUUCCCAUCUGAUCCAGUUCUUGUACAUCAUCAUCGUCAUCAUCAUCAUUUAUGAAACCCAACACAAUUUCGAUUUAAGUAUUUUGCGAUCAUUUCGUCCAUUCUGUUUCCCACAGGUAGCAGCAGCCAAAAAGCGUGCCGCAAAGAAGGCACGGAAAGCAGAAAAUGAGAUCAAGUCAGGCCAGUAUCAGCUGAUUCAAAACACCGAACGCAUUCGACAGUGGCACAAGAAAGCAAAGCGGGAUUUGAUGAAAAUGAGCCAGGAACAGGUUGACAUGAUUGGAGGGCGUAAGUAACGUGAUUUGUUGUCGACAUGAUGUGUCGUGAACACGACGGGACUAAUGGCCUUCAUCUUGACGACGACCUUAAUCACCAAUAAUUCUAUCACAAGUCAGACCUGCUUGUAAUUUCAUUCUACUUGUUGUUUUUAAAGUAGCUAGUACCUUGCAACAUGACGCGUCCCGAAGAACAAGCUGUGUACUAU